AUGUGGCCCUUCAAUUCCUCGCAAGUCAACCAAACGGAUGAGGGCCCUGUACCACCGAUACUGCAAAGUGAUUCCCACACUGAACCUCCCACAACACAGUCUGCGCAAGAAACAUUGCAACCGCCGACCGAGGAGAGGGCGGUCACGUUUACAGGAUGGCCAAAUGAACGACUCUCGAUCCCCUUUAUUCUUCGUGCACCUACCUUGAUGCUCGCAUCAUUUGCUUGUGGCUUCACCUUGGGAGCUUCCCAAGGGUCACAGAAAGGAGCAUAUCGCUAUCGCGCCGAAAAUGCUCAUCGCUUACCGACCACGCAGACAGGGUGGUUUUUAUAUCAAAAAUCGAAAAAUUACCAUGCCAUGCUUGGAGGGAUAAAAGAAGGAUGCAGAUUCGGAUCCAUUUGCUUGGGGUGGGCAACCCUAUUCAUGGUCACUGAAGAGAUGGUUGAUCUGUCCAGAGCCCGGCUGUUGGCUCGAGGGGAUGAUGAUAUCGUGACUGGGCAAAGAGAUGCUGGAAGUACAGUCAUUGCAGGAAUGAGCCUGGCAGGUUUCUACAGCUGGAAACGAGGACUGGAUCAUUUUGCUGCGGCCCGGACGGCAAAGGUUGCGCUGAAAUUCUCUGUCAUGUACGGCUUGAUACAAGAUCUAACCGCCACAAUUCGAGGGAAGCCCCCGGCUUAUAUUGCGUGGCUGAAGAAAAAGACUUUCUCGCAAAGUGACGGCGAAAGCAUGGGCUAG